GCAGCUGCGUCUCUGGCUGGCACCGUUACCCUCGCCCGACCCCAGGCCCUGCGCGUGCCCGGGACGGAACCGUCCCCACUGCACUCUCUUCCUGCCCGUCAGCAGCUGUGUCUGGGUCUCGGACCCGAGGCAGUGAACGCGGCCUCAGUAGCUGAGGCCAAAAAAGCAUGUGAGUGGCUCCGAGCAACAGGCUUUCCUCAGUAUGCUCAGCUUUUUGAAGAAGGUUCAUUCCCCCUGGACAUUGGCUCUGUGAAGAAGGACCACGGUUUUCUGGACGAGGACUCUUUGGGGGCCCUGUGCAGGAGGCUGAUGACCUUGAACAACUGUGCCUCGAUGAAACUGGAGGUUCAUUUUCAAUGCAAGCAGAAUGAAGACUCAGACGGGGAAGAGCAGUGUACCAUCAGCGAGCCCUGGACCCUGCAGCGAGAAACCAAGCUCUGGUCUCGCUUGGGCUCUUCUGACCUGCUGGCCCCACCGAGCCCCGGACUGCCAGUGACCUCCAGCUGUGAGAGUGUCCUCACCGAGCUUAGUGCCACCUCCCUACCGGCCAUAACCGUGAGCCUACCACCCGAGCCAGCGGACCUGUCCUUGGGAGGCCGUACCCCCAGCCCAAGUGACCGGCCCCUUCUCAGCCCCACUCAGGGCCCAGAGGGUCCCCAGGACAAAGCUAAGAAGCGCCGUUCCCGUAGCUUUCUCAAGCACCUCGAGUCUCUGAGGCGGAAGGAAAAGGGUGGCAGCCGGCAAGCUGAGCCGGAGCGUAGCCCAACCGCCUCAGAGAAGGCCACCAAAGGCUCCUCUUUCCGCAGCCGCCGUGGCUUCCUCUCAGCUGGAUUCUACAGGGCCAAGAACCGGGCACACACCUCAGCCAGUGGCGGUGGUGCUGAGACUCAGAGGGGCUGGGAGGUGUGGCCUGUGGCCACGCUCCGGCAUCCUCAGCGGGUACGCCGGGCUGACUACCUGGUGCAUGUGCCUGGGGACCACAAACCAGGCACAUUCCCUCGCUCCCUCUCUAUUGAGAGCCUGUGUCCUGAGGAUGGACACCGCCUGGCCGAUUGGCAGCCAGGUAGGCGCUGGGGCUGUGAAGGGCGCCGGGGCUCCUGCGGCUCUACAGGUAGCCAUGCCAGCACCUAUGACAACAUGCCUGAGCUGUACCCAGCUGAGCCUGUACUGGCUGGGGCUGAGGCCGAAGAUGAGGAGGGUGGGGGCAGCUAUGCCCACCUAGAUGACAUCCUCCAGCAUGUGUGGGGGCUGCAGCAACGAGUAGAGCUUUGGUCUCAGGCCAUGUACCCAGACCUGGAGUCUGGAGAUAAGGAUGAAGAAGAAGAUGAAGAAGAAGAUGAAGAAGCCACUUCAUCAGUAGAAAUAGCGACAGUUGACGUUGAAGGUCAGCCUGAAGCUCUGGGCCAGGUAGAGGCUCUGGUCCACAGAGAGUCCUCAGCCCCAGGCCAGGCUGACGUCCAGACAGUGGUCCUGGCUCAGGCCGAGGCUGAGCUCCAGGCACAAGCCGAAGCUGAGCCACAGGGCCCAGCCCAGGAUAAUGAGCAGGAGGCGAAUUCAGGCCGGGAACCCACCUCUGCCUCCAGCCUGUCUGUGGAAGAAGGACACUCCAUUUCUGACACUGUGGCCUCCUCCAGCGAACUGGACAGUAGCGGGAACUCCAUGAAUGAGGCUGAGGCUGCAGGGUCCCCGGCUGGACUCCAGGCACCAGCACCCCGUGAACGACGAGAUUCAGGCGUUGGGGCCUCACUUACCAGACCCUGCAGGAAGCUCCGUUGGCACAGCUUCCAGAACUCCCACCGGCCCAGCCUCAACUCGGAGUCGCUGGAGAUCAACCGGCAGUUUGCCAGCCAGAUCCGCCUGCUGCACAAGGGCUCCCUGCUGCGACUCACGGCCUUCAUGGAGAAGUACACUGUGCCCCACAAACAGAGCUGGGGCUGGUCAGUGCCCAAGUUCAUGAAAAGGAACAAGACUCCAGACUACCGGGGCCAGCACGUGUUUGGGGUGCCACCUCUCAUUCACGUGCAGCGCACGGGCCAGCCGCUGCCCCAGAGCAUUCAGCAAGCCAUGCGUUACCUGCGUGGCCAGUGCCUGGACCAGGUGGGCAUCUUCCGCAAGUCUGGGGUGAAGUCUAGGAUCCAGAACCUGCGCCAGAUGAACGAGUCCUCCCCCGACAACGUGUGCUACGACGGCCAGUCAGCCUACGAUGUGGCUGACCUGCUGAAGCAGUAUUUCCGAGACCUGCCCGAGCCUAUCUUCACCAGCAAGCUCACCACCACUUUCCUGCAGAUCUACCAGCUCCUCCCCAAGGAUCAGUGGUUGGCAGCGGCACAAGCCGCCACUUUGCUGCUCCCCGAUGAGAACCGAGAGGUGCUGCAGACCCUGCUCUAUUUCCUAAGUGACAUUGCAUCCGCUGAGGAGAACCAAAUGACAGCUGGCAACCUGGCAGUGUGCCUGGCACCCUCCAUCUUCCACCUCAACGUCUCCAAGAAGGACAGCCCCUCACCCAGGAUCAAGAGCAAACGCAGCCUGGUUGGCCGGCCAGGCCCUAGGGACCUGAGUGAGAACAUGGCAGCCACGCAGGGCUUAUCACAUAUGAUCAGUGACUGUAAGAAACUUUUUCAGGUGCCCCAGGACAUGGUGCUGCAGCUGUGUGGCUCCUACAGUGCAGCUGAGCUGAGCCCUCCUGGCCCAGCCCUGGCGGAGCUGCGGCAGGCCCAGGCCGCUGGUGUGAGCCUGAGCCUGUACAUGGAGGACAGCGUCCAGGAGCUGCUGCGCGAUGCUGCUGAGCGCUUCAAGGGCUGGGUGAGCGUGCCAGGGCCCCAGCACACGGAGCUGGCUUGCAAGAAGGCACCAGACGGGCACCCCCUGCGCGUGUGGAAGGCGUCCACAGAGGUGGCGGCCCCUCCUGCAGUGGUGCUGCACCGUGUGCUGCGGGAACGGGCCCUCUGGGACGAGGACCUGCUGCGGGCCCAGGUGCUGGAGGCCCUGAUGCCGGGUGUGGAGCUGUACCACUAUGUCACCGACAGCAUGGCACCCCAUCCCUGCCGCGACUUCGUGGUGCUUCGGAUGUGGCGUUCUGACCUGCCCCGCGGGGGUUGCUUGCUUGUCUCCCAGUCCCUGGAUCCUGAGCAGCCUGUCCCAGAGUCUGGGGUGCGGGCCCUGAUGCUCACCUCCCAGUAUCUCAUGGAGCCCUGUGGCCUGGGCCGCUCCCGGCUCACCCACAUCUGCCGCGCGGACCUAAGGGGCCGGUCUCCGGAUUGGUACAACAAAGUCUUUGGACACCUGUGUGCCAUGGAAGUGGCAAAGAUCCGGGACUCCUUCCCCGCCCUGCAGGCAGCUGGUCCUGAGACAAAGUUGUGAACCUGGGCCUGAUUCCAAAGGAGGAAGCGGGGAUGAGAACCUCCACCCCCAAACCUGUGUUCUGCCCUGCUGGGAAAGAGGAGCCGGUUUACAAGCAAGAGUACCGCUGCUGCCCCCCGGGCCCCAGAGCCACCAGUCACACAGAGGCCUACGGGCUCUCCACCUGCAGGGACUGCAGUGCUCCCAGCCCCCCCGCCCUUUGGAGAGCCCAGGCCAUCCUGCUUGGUCCUAAAGCCCCUUUGAGGUUGAACUGGAGGUUCUGGUCCUGCCUUUGGACCCAAUGUUGUCCCCAGGCUGGCUUUUCCAGAGAAAGUGGAUGGGAGUGGAUGGGCACAGGGGCAGAGCAGAGGGCAGCCCCAAUCACCAGGAAGUGUUUGAUUUGUGUAAAUACGAUGCUGAUUUUUAUGAGGCUGAUUUAAAGAGUGGGUACUGACGGGCCCUAAUAGGCGACCUGACGAUUUGGGAUAGCUUGGGACAUGAGAGCGGGAGAGGGGCCUUCCUUUCUCAAGUCUCAAGAGACCAAUGAACCAGUUUCCCCUGGCACGGGCCCCACUCCACGGGGUCGGGUGCAGCCCUUGGCCAAUGCAGAGCAGUGUCCGGAGAGCAGAAACAGAUGGCGUUCCCUCUCUUGCUCUUUGUGCCAGUAGCAGGCGGACACAGCAACUCCUCCUUCAGGCAGAGACCUGGCCUCUGGCUCAGGUGGCCAACUAGCCAGAUGGAAGGGCCCAGGGUCAUCUCGGCCACUUGGGGAGUGAUCCACACUGGAUCUUUCCCACCUAUCGGAUGGCUUGGUUCAUGUGGAAAUUCAAGUGCCAUCGAAACACUAGCUCAUGAUUGAUUUUUUUUUUUUUUUUUUUGCUGAAUAAAAUGAAGUGGGAUGGUUUCUAGCCAACGUUGUAAUUCUUAAUCCUAUUUUACUUGUACCUAUAAAUACUGUACAGUCAGAAUAUGUAUAUAGAUUGGUGUAUAUAUAGAUACAUAUAUA